AUGGCUAUUUUUGAACGAAUGUUUUUGAUUAUCGUUGACGCACAUUCUAAAUGGUUAGAAGUGUAUUCCUUUCAGACAAUUGAAUGUUUGAGAGACUGUUUUGCAAGAUACGGACUGCCUUCAGUAGUAGUGAGUGACAAUGGUCCUCAGUUCACACCGGCGGAAUUUGAAACUUUUAUAAGGAAUAAUGGAAUUAAACACAAAACGUGUGCUCCAUUUAAACCAGUAACGGGCAGUAACGGGCAAGCAGAGCGGUACGUUUACAUAGUUAAACAAGCAUUACGUGCAAUGCAAGGUUAUCCAGGAAAUAUUAAGCAAAAACUUGCCAUAUUCCUCAUGAAUUAUAGAAAGGCACCGAACAUGACAACUUUGUUAAGUCCAGCAAUGUUAUUCUUAAAAAGAGAAAUUAGAACUCAAAUUGAUUUAGUUGUUCCAAAUCUCAAACGAAGAGUGGAAGAACGCAUCCGAAGGAAUACUUACGAUUUCAAAGACAAAAUUUUGAAAUCGGAGAAAAGGUUGCCAUUCGGGAUUAUAGAUCGGCAAAUUCUCGAUAGAAAAUUGGCAGAGUGA